AUGACUAGCACGUAUUUCUCUAUUGUUCUUCUCAUCAUAUAUUUUGUUGUCAACGAACAUGAAGGUGUACCAAUCAUUGAUCAGACCAAUCGAUCUCUUCUUGAUUCAUUCUCACAAACAAACAAACUUCCAUCAUUCAUCAAUCGAACCCAACAAAUCGUCGAUCAACUUCGAUGUUCAAAAGGAUGGAAACAGUUCGGUGGUUCGUGUUAUUAUCCUUCACUCAUGAUCUCAACAGUUGACAAAGCCAAUGAAACAUGUCAGCGUCUUCAAGUCAAUAACACACACUUGAUGCGUAUCAAACAUGUUCCUGAAUUGUCGUAUGCUGCUCAUUUGUACGCCACUAAUACACUGAUCGAGUUGCUGGUCGAAGUUGAUCCAGAAUUGCUAAAAAGUAAAGCGCUUGGGGAUAGAAUGUUGACCAAUGAGCACAGAGAUUGGCGAAUGAUGAAAGAUCAAUUCUAUCGAGCACUAGUGAACAGUAAACAUCACGACAAGUCUUUCAAUCUGAGAAAUACAAUUAUUACUAAUGCGAGCAGAGAAAAGAAUGAUAUGUUCGAACGACUGGACCAAAUUCAUGAUCUCUGUUAUCAGUUUGCAUGGAAUGUAUUGAGCAAUGACUCACAUUUGUUCGUCUUUUCCACCUAUAUAUUAUCAAACAAGACAAUUUGUUCACUGAGUGACGUCGAUCUGAAUUCAACAUAUACAUACGCUUGUCAAUAUGUGUUGGACUUUUGUUUCGAAAAUGUCAUGUGCGGAAAUCAUGGUAAAUGUAAUAAUACUAUUCAAGGUUUCAUAUGUUCAUGUUCGUUUUGGUUCGGUGGUGUUUUCUGUGAAAAGCUAGCAUGGGAGACAAUACAAAUGAGCAUUGCUGCAGUUCUGAUAGUCACUCUUACAUUAAUCCUUUUUACUUCUAAAGUUGUUCACGGUAUGAAAUCUAUGAUGAAACGUAUCGCAAAAUGCUGUAAAUCACAAAGAGCUGAUGUCAAUAGACCGAAUGACAAUAAAAACAGAACGAAAAAAGCAAAACUAAGACGACAACGUUCAAUCGGAGUUUUUUUUCUGUUUCUUAUCUUUUUCUGUCUGCUUAUUAUCAUUCCAACUAUUUUUCAAUUACAAGCGUUCUCAUUUGAUGAUAUCGAUCCAAUGAAGCCUGAUUUGUUGUUUGAUAAAGUUUUAUCAAUAUUCAAAACCUGCGAACGCAAAACUUUGCUACCAAUGAUCGAUCGUAUUUUCUUGGCAAUUUCAGUCUUUCUCACUAUCACCUUCUUCGUUCUACAACCGAAGCCAGCCGAAAACAGCUCCCCAUCUAAUAGCUUCAAAUUGAAGGAGAUUCAACCGACGAGAAAUAAUGUUGAAAUGGUCGCACUUUGCUCUUCACUACCUGCAGCAGCGGCUGAUAACUCCGAACAACAACUUCUACUAUCGGAUCAAUCACGUAAUGACACCACUCGCUCAACUAAUCGAAACGACCCUUUUUCGGGUACAACAACUCCGCUUCAACUGAAACUACCCUCAUCUGGACUUCCAUCACUUUGCUAUCCAAUUGAUAUCAAAAAUCGAUAUCAAACGGCUGCUAUUUUUGGCAUCCUUACAUUCGAGAUAUUACUAUUCUUCGAUGAAGUUUUACUCGCGAUCAGCGGCACAUCGAAUGAUGGGGUAAUGAUUAUAUUUCUCAAACGGAUAUUUCUUGCCAUUCUCAUCGGAUUAAGAUACUAUCCACUACUGCUUGCACUACGUCUCCAACAAACCGUCGCUCAAUUAAUGGCUUUUAUCUAUGUGAUUGGCAUCAUAGCACAUACAAUCUAUCGCGAAAGCUUUUGUCUUGACUUUUUACCACAUUCUGCGGAUACUUCAACGCAAGAGGAAGUUCAGCUUCGUCUUCAAAUCGGUACUUGGUUUAUUGUUUACGGAUUAAUUGCUCAUUUGCCACAUUUUAUGUUACUUUCAUAUAUUGCUGCCGAAUUUGGGAUGCGUUUCGUGUUUACUUGUCGUAGUAUAUAUCCAAAAGAUUACGAGAAAAAGGUUUAUUCAAAGCCCAUACAAGUAUCCAACGACACACAACAUGAUGAUGGAUCGUUUUUCGAUAAAAUUUACAAAUGGAAUGAUGAUUUCUCGUUUACAUCAAUGUUUAUUUCAACAUAUACAGUGAAUUUUAUCAUUUUAUAUCAUUUAUCGUGCACAUUUACUUUUCUCUAUACGACACGAUUGAUGAGUCCGACCUUGUUCAUAAUCAAUACGCUUGAACAAUUAUUCAGUAUCGAAAUCAACGACAAGUUCUUUCAUGAGGAAAUCAUCUUUAGUGUUUUUAUAACUGCAGCGACCUACAUUGGUCAACUGAUUCUGGGUAUGAAAAGUUUUCGGGAACAUAUUUUAGCAUUUUACAAAGAAAAAGAGGAAAUUGUAAACAAAAUAGAAGAGAAUGUAAAAGAGAACGAAACGAUUUCGCGAGCAACUCAAUAUCCCGGUUAUCUUAUUCGAUAUACAGUUGGAGGUUUUGUCAUUACUUUUCAUCUGAUGAUAUUCGUUGCUGUCUUACCCCGUUUGUUUUGGUUUCAUUCGUCUUCAUUCAAAUGGGUAUUACAAUUGAUUUUACCUAUAUUGAUUCUAUAUGCACUGCAAAAGCUAAUGGCAAAAUCCAGUACACGAUUGAUUGACGCUGCUCAAGAUAAGAGAAGCGAUUACAAAAAGCUUUUCGUCAAUAUUCUACAAUAUUUUGUUUUAGUUGCUAAUUGCUUUAUUGGUAUCAUGUCUUCAGUUAUUCGUGUGAUCAUGGGAUCAGUAGCCAACAUCAUAUUCAUAAAUCGUGUCGAUUUAUGCCUUUUUCGGGAUCCGUUGGAGAGAAUGGAUCGUGCGUACGUGGCAUACUUGCACUUUGUGCAUGUAGAAUAUCAUACAAAAUAUAAACAUUCGCAUAUACAAGAGAUUGAGGACGAAGAACAAGUUGAGUCCACUAAUGAAGAGGAACUAGUCAACGAGCAGUCUUCAGAACCCUCUGAAUCAGAGCCAGACCAAACUGAGCAACCAUCUAACGAAGAACCUGCACCACAUGUACAGGAAGCAUCCGACGUGUCCAAUCCAUUACCUGACGAUAUUAAUCCUUCCAUUUUGCCGAUCGUCCCCGAGAGGUCUGCAUUGAGUGCAAGUAGUAGCAGCCGUGACGUCAAUGAAAGACAACUGCUUCUCCUUCAACGUUGGAAUGAAAUUAAGAACGAACGCGUGGAAGAGAAUCGAACUUUAGUUACGGAGGAGAAGCAACUCAGUAGAAUUCAAUGUAAACGAGUUUCAAUACGUGGAGAUGGUAACUGCUUUUUUCGUGCAAUUUCUGCUCAAUUGAAUAUCCGUCAUAAUCAUUCGAAUAUUCGCUCCGAAGCGGUGAAUUAUCUCCGCAGCAGGAGAGACUACUUCGCAAGUUUUAUUGUCGGAAUUAUCCGUCCGACGGUAGACGCUUAUAUUAAAGAAAUGGCACACAAUGGAGUUUAUGCUGAUCAUCCGAUAAUCUUUGCUACAGCUACUGUCUUGGGUCAGAAUAUAGUUAUUCAUGAAAUAGGCAAACGACCUCUGCUGAUUCCCGGUUCGGAUAACAUCAACAAUCAACUACAUGUUUGGUAUAAUGGUAUCCAUUACGAUAGUAUCGUCACUUCUGAUGGUCGUCAUGUACCAAAUAUUUCUCGAGAAAACCUUUUAACCUCAUGA